AUGGAGGGUGGUGGUUGUAGUAGCACUUCAUGUUUGAUGGGUUUUGGAGACAACAGUAGUCCAAUGAUGAUGAUGAUGCCUCCGAUGACUACUUCUCUCCCUAAUGUUGACACCAACCAUCACCAUCACCACAACAACAACAACACAAGCGCAGAGUGUUCUUUCAUGGACCACAACAACAACGAUGCUAGCAGCUCCUCUUCUCUCAGGGCUAAGAUCAUGGCUCAUCCUCACUAUCACCGUCUCUUGGCCGCCUACAUCAAUUGCCAAAAGAUAGGAGCACCUCCUGCAGUGGUGGCAAGGCUAGAGGAAGCGUGUGCUUCAGCGGUGGUGGCCAUGGACCACACCGGUACGGGUACGGGUAGGUGCCGUAUCGGGGAGGAUCCGUCCCUGGAUCAAUUCAUGGAGGCCUACUGUGAGAUGCUGAGCAAGUACGAGCAAGAACUCUCUAAACCCUUCAAGGAGGCCAUGCUCUUCCUCUCCAGGAUCGAGUGCCAGUUCAAAGCCCUCAGGGUUGCUUCUUCAGAUUCUGUAGCAGCUCGUGGUGACGCUUUGGAUAGAAAUGGAUCAUUUGAAGAAGAGUUUGAUGUGAACAACAAUUUCAUAGAUCCGCAAGCAGAAGACAGAGAACUGAAAGGUCAGCUCUUGCGCAAGUACAGUGGAUAUUUAGGCAAUCUUAAGCAGGAGUUCAUGAAGAAGCGAAAGAAAGGAAAACUGCCUAAAGAAGCCAGGCAACAACUGAUGGAUUGGUGGAGCAGACAUUACAAAUGGCCAUAUCCAUCGGAGUCACAGAAGCUGGCGCUUGCGGAAUCCACAGGCCUGGAUCAGAAGCAAAUAAACAACUGGUUCAUCAAUCAAAGGAAGCGACACUGGAAGCCUUCGGAAGAUGCGCAGUUCCAUCCCCAUUAUUACAUGGAUAAUGUCCUUGUCAAUCCCUUUGCCAUGGAUAUCUCGCCUACGCUCCUCUAAAUUAGAUAUUAUGGUGAUCCUUAUAUAUUUCUCAA